AUGGCGCUGGCGCCGGGGGUAUGGGUCUUGGUGGCCUACGUCCUCCCGGGCGUGGUGGACGCACUCUACCACGAGAGGCUCAGCACCGCCUUCGGCGCCGACGCGCAGUGCCGGGCCCUGACUCCCGACGGGGACCACUACAUCGAGCAGAUCUCCCUCGCCUGCGCCGACCUGCUGGACAUCCGAGCGCUGGCGGGGCCUGGUGCGGUGCCAGCGGGGAUCGCCCCCAAUCGGAUCUACAGGCUCCGCCGGGUGCCCACCCUUGCGGAGCGGGCUCAGUACUUCGCAGAUGGCGCCCUCCUCGCAGGCGUAGCGGUCGCCCCCGCCGCUCCGCCCGUUGUCGCUGCUGCUGGCGCCCCUCGCCCUGGAGCCGCGGCGGCCGCCUUCCAGCGGGCGUGGGUCGUGGCCGAGGAUGCGGCGGGCCCCCAGCGAGGCCAGGUGAUCGCGGACCUCGGCGGCGCCCCCAUGAUCGACGGAAACAUGGCGAUGGGGACGCUCCCGGCAGGCAAGGCGCUCGCCCAGCAGAUGGGCGAGGACGAGGUCAAGGUCUACGCCAACGACGACCUGCGCGGCGCCCCCGUCGCCCUCGACGAGAGCGGCAGCCGCAGACGGCCCUUCGCCGAGGCCGUCGACCUGCUCAACGACUCACCCCCGCAGGGGGGGCUCGACUUCGAGGGUGUGGCUUCGGUCGGUUGGGUGCUGCGACGCUGGCGGGAUGGCGGCAUCACUCCUCUCACCCGCCACGACACUUGGGUUCGCGUCUCCCACGUGCCGACGGGAGACAGGUCGAACCACGGACAUCACGUGCUGUGCGUGCUGUUGUUCGUCAUGCGGUGCGUAUACCAGCUCAACGCCGGCAGCUUGCAGACGGGGGAGCUCAUCGCCAUGCGCUUCCAGCUCUUCGAGGACGCGCACAGGGCCAGCCCGUCCGCCCCCGACUACUGGGCGGCCAACCACUACAUGGGCUGGCCCUACAGAGCAGGGGGAGACACAGUGGCUCCACGCCUCCACAGGUACGUCACGGACCAGGUCAAGGGCGAGGCGGAGGUCGCCAAGGAGCAGAGCACGGCCCGCGAGAAGCUGCGUCUCCGCCGCGGGGGUCGCGAGGGUGCAGGCAAGGGCAGGGAGGACCGCACCGUCAACCGGGCUGUCAGCGCCCUGAACGAGCUCUACCGGGCCCCGGAGGGCUCUGCGGGAUCUGCAUACGCCGCUCACAAUGAGGCUCAUCACCAGGAGCUCGUCGAUAUCACGAGACCAGGCUCCACGCCGCCAGACCUCCUCGACGUGAUCGACCCUGUCGGACAGGAGAUGCUAAAGGAUUGGAUGAACACCAUGUUGCUGGACCAGGACGAGUGGGGACGCGUGAUCGAGAGCUCGCCGCCCAUCGCCCCGUUCACGGGCGUGGAGCUGCGCAAGGGUCCCGAGCUCUACCGGGGCUCUAUCGGGGACCUGCACGCAGCGGGGCUCCUCUCCUUCACCGCGGAGCCGAAGGACUGGGUGGCCCCCUUUUUCGUCGGCGAGAAGUCUGGCAGGUUGAGGCUGGUGCUCGACUCUCGGGUGCCCGACAGGCGCUUCCGCAAAUGUCCAGCGCUGGCUAUGGGCUCAGGGGUUGCCGUCGGCAUGGCCCCAUCCGCCCUGCUCGCCGACCACGGCCCCGUCCCCGACAUCUCGGAGGGCAGGCCCGCCGUGCUCGCCUACUGUGACAACGUUGGCGUCGGCUCGACCUCCCGCGAGAACGCCGACUCGCUGCGGGCCAAGAUUGAGGCGCAGCUGGUGGCCGACGGCUUCGAGGUUCACGAGGUCACCGUGGCCUCCACUUCAGCUGUCUUGCUCGGCAGGGAGAUCGACGGGGGCGCGGGGGCGGUGCAGCUUACUGGGCGUCGGCGGCCUCGGCUGGAGGCCGCGCUCAGGUGGUUCGAGCGCCGCCCCAGGGUGUCGCCGCGGCAGGUGGGGAUCAUCAUCGGGCACUGCAUCGACGCGGCCACGCUGAACCCCUGCUUCAUGUCGGUGUUCUGCAGGUGUUACGAGUUCGUCGCUACCCCCGUGGACAUGCCUGGGAGGCUCAGGGCAGCGGCAGCCUGGGAGUUCUCGGUCUUCCGGAGGCCGCUUUUCGCCUGCGCGGCGGACGUGGGGCGGCCGUGCUGCAGCACCGCGGGCAUGUGCGACUCCAGCCUGACAGGGGCUGCCGUCGCCACCGCCGAGCUGCCUGCCGACGUUGUGAGGGGCAUCGGGCGCCCUGGCGCCUACCAGGGCUCGGCGGCGCGCCCGCCGCGGCGCAGGCGCCUGGCCCCCGCCCCGUCGAGGCCUUUCGGGGGAGCCACUCGGGAGGAGCGCAGGGCGAACAAGAUUGCCCGAUCGCCUCCGGGGAGCUCCGACCCGAUCGACAUGACGCUUCUCGAGGCCAGCUCGAUCAGCAAGGCGACUCAAGCGGGCUACGACAGGAGGCUGAGCGAGUUCCAGACCUUCGUGACGGAGAAGUCGCUCUGGCUGUCCUCCCCGAAUGCUGCGGCGCCCGAACCGUUGAUGGACCGCGGCGGCGCGGGCGAUGGCGAGGCCCUCGUGGCGGGCGAGCGGCCGCCGCUCUCGCAGGGCCCCACCUGCGCGGCCGCGUCGCUGGCGGUGCUGUCCGCGUGCCUGGGCGCCGCGCUCUGGGCCCUCGCGGCCGCGGCGGUGUCCGCGCCCGCGGGGUCUCCGGGAGGCGGGCGUACCCUCGCCGUGGGCGAGCAGCGCCCGUGCCCGGGCGUGCCCUCUGGCGAGCAGCAGUUGGGGGGUGAGCUGCUGGGGGCCGUGUGCUCGCACCUGGGCGCCAAGAGGCGGUUCCUUGUCUUCGGCAACGGCCACGACUCGUCCAUGUGGCUGCACUCCAACCCAGAGGGCACGGUGCGAUUCAUCGAGGACAGGAAGGAGUGGAUCGACAUCCAGUCCGAGGAUGUCCAGGACGUAAGCACGCUGGUCAACUACACGUCCUCCCUUCAGACCGCAGUGGAGGGUUCGGACGACGAGGACGGGCUCAGAGAGUUCUACGAGAAGGAGCUUCCCGACGACGUCAAGGCCGAGCAGUGGGAUGUCAUUCUGGUCGAUGGGCCGGCCGAGUCUGGCAGCGGUGACCCGGGCCUUGGGCAGAGCAUUUACGCUGCCAGCUUGUUGGCCAAGCCCAGCGCCCAUGUCUACGUGAACAACUGCGACCGGCAGGCCGAGUUCCUCUACAUUCGCAGGUGGUUCGAGCAGACGGGCUGGCAGAACACGCUGCACGGAGACAAUGGUAACGGAGCCCGCCCGGCCGUGGGGCCGAAGCCCGCGGUAGACGCCGCGGAGCCGCGGGGCUCUGCGAUGGCGAUGCCGCGCGUGCAGUGGGAGUCGGUCCCGUGGGGCGCCGGGGCGCUCGGCACCGCCACGCCCGGCACCUCUGCCGUCCUCGCCGACCGAGGAGGCGGAGCUCUGGCGUCGCGGAAGACACCGUCACGGCAGCUUCGGCGCCGCUGCGGACCCCGCGUCGGGCGAGGUGCUGGCGGCGCUGCAAGGCCUCGAGGAACGCCUGAUGGAGGAGAUCCAGUCCGCCAGGACGGCCUUCCGCAGGGAGCUGCAGGCCGAGGCCGACGCCCUCCGGGGCCUCUGUGGGGGCGCGGCGGCGGCGGCGCGGGCGGAGGGCCGGGGCGCGGCCGAGGCGGUGCGGGCGCAGCUGGAGGCGGAGCUGCAGCUCCUGCGCGCCGCGCAGGCGAGGCACGUGCGGGAGGUCGAGGCGCUGCGAGAGCGGUGCGGGAGUUCCGAGGCCGCCAGUGCGCAGGUCGCGGGGGACGUGGCCUCCCUGAAGGGCCAGCUGCUAGACACCGCCAGGCUGGCCGGCAGGCAGUGGGCCGAGCUGGGCGCGGAGCUCCGGGCGCUGGAGCACGCGGCGAGCGCGGAGCUGCAGGCGCGGGCCGCGCGUGAUAGAAGAGCGGUCCUUCGCCGGAGGGCUUCGGGGGGAACGCUACCCCUUGCACGCGGAUCGCGCGUCGCCCCGCUCUGCGGGGCGCCAGGCUGGGAAAGGCUCGGGACGUUGCCGCUCGGCCACGAGGGCGUGGCCAGCGUGUCGCGCCGAAGCGUGGUGGGCGGGAACUGGCCGCGCGACGCGCUCUGCCGAAGUUCCCGACCGUUCCAGCAGUACGACGCUGACGGGUUCCCCACGGCUGCGUGCCACUGGUACAUACUUUGCGCCCCAGCCUUGCUCAGGAGGAGAGGCUGCACGAGGACGCGGAGGCCCUCGAGGGCCAGCUGCGGAGGAUAAAGACCAGGGUGGAUGCCCUGCAGGGGCAGCAGGGCUCCUUCAUGUCCCAGUACAGCCGCGACGCCGAGCGCCUCCGGGGGCUGGUCGAGAGGAUGGUGGACCAGCUCGGGAGGGACUUGGACCGGCUGGCCGCAGACGUGGAGGACAAGCUGGCCCUCGCGGAGGAGAGGAUCGCCCAGCUCGAGCAGACGCGCUGAGGAGGCGGGAGGAGGGGGGGGGCAGUGCCGCGAGGGCGCGCGCGGGGACCGCACCGCGGCCGCUUCGCGUUCGAGAGCGCAGACAGAGGCCCUCC